AUGAAGAUUUUAACUGCAAUUCAGACAAGGCAUCCGUAUUCUUUUGGUGACCAAAAUGUCCUCCCACUAGUCAUGGAUUUCUGCUUAAAUAAAAUGACAAAUCCUGAACAAGAGAUAAUCUCAUUUGAUUGGUUUCUUAUUCACUGCAUGUCAAUGGCAAAAAUUGUUCUUGAAUGCAAAGAAUACAAACCAAUCAUGACUGGAUGUGUGGUAAACGAGAAAGUAGUAACCCUUGAGCAAAGAAAGAAAAACAUUUCUGGAGCUGUUGCAGGGAUAUAUACCGAGGGGACCAAAAUAUCACUACAUGAUAUAAAAUUGGCUACCAACAACUUUUCUAAAGACAGAUGCAUUGGGGAAGGAGGAUUUGCAAAGGUUUACAUAGGAGAACUAGUACAUUCGGAGGGAUAUAUCAUGACCGUUGCUGUAAAACGUUUAAAUCUCACAAAUGAGGUAGGAAACCGUGGGUUUAAGAACGAGCGUAACCUUUCCCGAUACAGGAAUGGUAAUAUUGUCAACCUCUUAGGAUAUUAUAAUGAUGACAAUGAGGAGAUACUUGUGUACGAGUACGUAGCAAAGAGAAGUCUCGACUUUUAUAUAAACAACAACGAUUUAAGAUGGGUUCAACGCCCUAAGAUAUGUAUUGGGGCAGCUAGCGGACUAGUGUACCUUCAUAAUCCUGAAGCUUACCAUGAAAGUGUAUGGCACCUUGAUAUUAAAAGUGGCAACAUACUUUUAGAUGAAAACUGGAAUGCCAAGGUCACAGAUUUUGGUUUAUCCAAGUUUAUUGUUGCUAACCAGGAAAGCACAUCUCCUAUAUAUGUUGUUGUUGGGACUCGUGUAUUGUGA